UGUCAAAGUACUUGAUCUGAUGUUUUAUACGAGAAAAUGGACCUUAUAUACACGCGUGAAUGGACUAAAUAUCAGCAAUGGCGGCAUUGUUAACACUUAGCCUGCUGACGUUACAUUGCUGGAGACGUUUCUACGAGUCUCACAAGCUGCAAGUGUUUGCGCGCACCAGCAAGAUCAACCUCUUUUACUACGGUACCGCCUACGUUCAUUACGCUGCCCUUAUACUGAUCACAGUUGGACAAGCGCCAUUGUUCUGUGGAAAACAAAAGGGGGAGAUCCAAUGGACGGACAACUGGACGAAAUUAGUUUACAUUCCUUGCAUAUUUCUAUUCUUACUGGCUUCGUAUGGACAGUACAGUAGUAACGUGGUGCUGGCCAACUUGCGCAGAGACAAAACUGGCGCGGUAGUGACUGAGGCGCACAAGAUACCUCGCAGCAGAAUGUUCGACAGCGUCUCCAGUCCGCACAGAUUAUGCGAGAUUGUCCUGUACAUUGUAUUUGCAACAUUGACACCAACAAGGACGAUGCUCAUCAUGUGUUUAUGGGUUUUUUGUAAUCAGAUUCAGUCCGCGGUGCACGCCCAUGAAUGGUACAAGAGAACAUUUAAAGAUUAUCCAAAAAACAGAACAGCAAUAUUCCCUUAUAUAUUGUAAAAUUACUUUGCGGUAUUCGUUUAAUUUUUUUA